AUGUCGGCCCCAUCUCUCAUAGUGCCUCCUCCCCAGGGCCGCUUCAUGCGGCGCAUCAGCUCGACCGAUGUCUCCCGCGAGAGCCUCAACCUUGGCCCCACAGUCGUCGUGCCUCCAAAGCACCUCAUGGCUCCCUCAGACGCCCAUGAGACCGCGGCUGCCAUGGAAAUGGCGAGACAUAAGCUGGCGGAGGGAGCGGUAUCACGGGCCGGCACUCCUCCGACACCAGCGGAGACCGCCGUUACUGGAAGGUACGCUUUCGCAUUCGAUAUAGAUGGUGUCCUUAUUCGUGGCGGUCAAGUCAUACCGGAGGCGAUUGAGGCUAUGAAGGCUUUGAACGGCCAGAAUGAGUACAGCAUUAAAGUACCUUACAUUUUCGUAACGAAUGGCGGCGGCAAGACUGAGCAGGAACGUUGCAUACAACUCAGCAAGCAGCUCGAGAUGGAGGUUUCGCCGGGCCAGUUCAUCUGCGGCCACACUCCGAUGCAAGAGAUGGCGCAGAAAUUCAACACUGUUCUAGUCGUGGGCGGUGAAGGAGAGAAGUGCCGACAAGUAGCAGAAGGCUACGGUUUCAAAGACGUAGUCACACCAGGCGACAUCAUCAAGGACAACCAGGACACCACUCCCUUCCGCAAACUGACACCCGAAGAGUUCAAGAACUCGCGGUUACGAAACUUCGCCGAAGUCGAGAUCGAAGCCAUCUUCGUCUUUGCCGACAGCCGCGACUGGGCGUCUGACCAGCAGAUCAUCCUUGAUCUCCUAAUGUCCAAACGCGGUCGGCUAGGCACACGAUCAGAAAAUUACGACGAUGGCCCGCCCGUCUUCUUCUCGCACAACGACGUCGUGUGGAGUGCCUCCCACGACUUAACCCGUAUCGGCAUGGGCGCCCUCCGCGUCUCACUCGAGGCCAUGUACAAAGCCGUCACGGGCAAGGAUCUCAACACCAUCGCAUUCGGCAAACCUCAGAUCGGCACUUUCGAGUUCGCGACCCGCCUUUUGCAGCGCUGGCGGAAGGACACCCACGGUAUCGACGCGCCACCUGAGACUGUCUACUUCGUCGGUGACACUCCCGAGUCUGAUAUUCGCGGUACGAAUGAAUAUAAUGAGCGCUCGGAGCAUACUUGGUAUUCGAUCCUGGUCCGUACGGGCGUCUUCCAGGAAGGCACGAAGCCUAAAUUCACGCCUAAGGCGACCGUCGAUAAUGUCCUUGAGGCGGUCAGGCACGGUAUGGAGCGCGAGUACAGGAAAGCGCUGAAGGCCACUGUUGAAGAGGAGGCGAACAUGAGCGCCAUUGCUGAGUAG